UAUACAGGUAAACACGUUUAUACGCCCACUAAGCCGGUGUCACAUUUUUAUAGAAAAAUGGCCAAGAUAGACAAACAGGCAAUUCGAGACGCUUAUGAAGAGGUCCGAAACGACAGCAAUGAUACUAACUGGGCGGUAAUGAAGUAUGAUGGGUCAAAUAUUGUAUUGAGCGCUACUGGGUCUAGUUUUGAAGAAUUUGCGUCCAAUUUUAGCGAUGACGAUCGAGUUUAUGCUUUUCUACGUGUGGUAGCAGGCGAUGAACUGAGUAAAAGAGCAAAAUUUGCCUUAAUUGUGUGGUUGGGUAAAAAUGUGUCUGGAAUAAAAAGAGCGAGAAUGGGCCCUGACAAAUCCUUAGUAAAAGAAGUUAUACGUAGUUAUGCCGUAGAACUCAUGAUUAAUGAGAAAUCAGAACUAAAUGAAGACUUUAUUAGAGAAGAAAUAAUGAAGGCUGGUGGUGCUAAUUAUGGAACGGGGACUCGAGACUGACGUCAUAGGACUCUAGUUUCAAUAGACCAAUUAAUAUGAUGGAAAGAGCAGGAAGAAGAUGGACGGUGUAUUCAACCUGUCUCAUAUUUUAGUGACAUUUAUAUACACCUGUAUACCGUUUUUACUCAUUUUUAGGGACAGAACAAGUGAUACUCUUUUUACUUAAAACCAACUAUAGAUAUUACUUACUUGUCAACGAAAUUAAUCGUUCCAUUGGUCUUAUUGGCCUAUAUAUAUUUGUAUACAUUUUCAGUAUUUUUUACUGAUGUUUUGAAUGACAAAUAAAAGUAUGGUAACUUAAUAAAUAA